AUGGAGGAAAUUGUUUUCUUCAAUUUCCACUUUACCCUCAAUUAGUAGUUCUUAAAAGAGCGAUUGCUUUUCGGUUUCUUUAUAAGUAAACUAGAUAACACAUUCUAACUAAGCUUAUAAUUGCAAACGUAUACAUUAAAAUGGCUUUAUGUGGUCUGUCAUUAUUUUUGAUAUGUGUUAUCGGGAACGAUGUUUUGGGAGCUACUCCGGAAUCUGAGAGGACCCGGUUUCGGGGGUACCGUAAAGAUAUCAUUUGUGGUAGUGAUCAUAUGGUUCUUAAAGUACAACAUUCUGCAUUUGCUGAUAUUCGGUUUAAGGUUGGAGGUGUUUCUUAUGGUAUCCAUGAUCCAGCAGCUAGAAUGUGUAAUUACAAAGUUACAAGGGAAGGUGGUGCAACGCUGUUUGUAGUCCUCUAUAAUGGAUGUCAUGUCAGAAAAGUUCAAAAUGGAAGAGGUUUCAGUGCCUAUACACUAAAAGUGAAAGUUGAAGGUGUAGGAAAAUCACAAAGCCUGGUUGUUGAAGAAGAAAUUCUGAUGUCCUGCAGUACACCGAAACAUACAGACUGGACAGCAAAGUCGCAACAGAAGAGUGCAUUGUCCUUGGAUGAAAGCUGCUCUGUUGAUACAAGCAAGAGACUUCAUUGUGGAGAGGCUGGUAUUGGCCAGCUGGAGUGUAAAGCCUCAAGUUGUUGUUAUGACCCUAUUGCAAAGACCAGUCCAUGUUACUAUGGAAAUACAGUGACAGUAGAAUGCACAAAGGAUGCUUACUACUUGAUUGUAGUCUCCAGAAAUGUUACAGUUCCAUCUUUGGUUUUGGAUUCCAUACACAUGGCUGUAUCUGACCCAGGAUGCCUUCCUGAAAGAGAGAAUGCAGACUUUUUGUUGUUCAGGGUGCCAUUCACAUCCUGUGGCACUACUUACAUGGCUGAUGGAGAUUAUCACAUUUAUGAAAAUGAACUGGUGGCAGACAGAACUUUGCAGAUGGGGCCUAAAGGAGUUAUAACUAGAGACAGCACAUUCAGGCUAACUAUCCAGUGUGUCUAUAAUGGAGCAGAUGUCAAUCCACUACAAGUGCAGAUAUAUACUGUAGCCCCACCACCACCUGCUACAGACAGUGGACCUCUGCAUCUUCAACUUAGAAUUGCAAAAGACUCCUUCUAUGGCUCCUAUUAUACUGAUAAAGAUUUCCCUGUAGUGAAGCUUCUGAGGGAGCCAGUUUAUGUUGAAGUCCGAAUUCUUGAAAGAACUGAUCCAGACUUGGUGCUAGUGCUUGAAAACUGCUGGGGUACUCCUACCUCUGACCCAUCAGGUAUACGUCAAUGGGAUAUUCUGGUUGCUGGGUGCCCUUAUACUGGUGAUAACUAUAUAAGUCAGCUGCAGACUGUAGAUGCUUCUUCAGGGUUACAGUUCCCAAAGCAUUACAGACGGUUUGUUGUAAAGACCUUCAUCUUUAUAGAUGAUGCAACCCAAAUGCCUCUGCAAGGCCAGGUCUAUUUCCACUGCAGUGCAGCUGUAUGUGUUCCUAAUGGCAAGGAGUCAUGUGAACCUUCCUGCAACUCCUUCAGAUCACGAUCCAAAAGAGAGAGAGAGGAUGUAUAUCCUGCUCCCUUGGAGGGGAUUGUGACUUCUCUACCACUAAUCUUCUCUCUGACACCAGAUGGAUAUGCAGUGGACCCAGUGGAAGGCUAUGUGAUGGUACCACAGGAAAACCAUCUUCCCAACAGUCUGACUGGAAUAUUGGCCAUAUUUGGAGCAGUUUUUGUAUUUGGAGGAAUUGCCUUAAUUGCCAAGAUGUACAAGUUUAAGUAGAACAAAUUAUAAUGUGAAGGCAAAUAAAUGAAAUUUUGAAGAGUA